UUUGGAAUAAUUGGGAUAUUCGAUUUAAAUGGAUAAAUGAUUUAGUUUUGCGAGAUUGACCAAAAAAGGAAAAUGGAAAAUAUCUGGUUCAUCUUCUUCGUCGCAGCUACUUUGAGCUUCUUCAUCGCCAAGUUACUUUGGAGUCAAAACUCCAAACUACCACCAAGCCCUACGCCUCUACCAAUCAUCGGCCAUCUUCAUCUCAUCAACAAGUAUCCUUUACCAGUACCACAAGCUCUACAUCACCUCUCUUUAAACUACGGCCCGGUUCUGUUCCUGAGAUUCGGAUACCGUGCUGUUUUGUCCCUCUCUUCCCCAGAAUCUAUCGAAGAAUGCUUCACCAAUCACGACAUAACCCUCGCGAACCGUCCCAGGACCAUCACCUCUGAUCACUUCAGCUAUGGCUACAAAAACUUCGGAUUUGCUCCUUACGGCCAUCUAUGGCGAACUCUAAGACGUCUCUCCACUCUUGAGGUCUUCUCCUCCGCCAGCGUACAGAAGAAUUCUUUCAUCCGAAACGAAGAAGUGUCGAAUCUUUGUUCGAGUCUCUUCAGAUUAUCCGGUAAGUCUCAGAGAGUGGAUCUCAAGUAUCAAUUCACUCUUCUCACUGCUCAUGUUAUGCUUAGAUUAGUAUCUGGGAAGCGUGGGGUCUAUGAAGGGAGUGAUUCAGAAUCAGAGAAGAAGUUCUUGGAUGAUUUCAAGUUGAGGUUUUUCUCGAGCCUAUUAUCUAUGAAUGUCUGUGAUUAUUUCCCAGUGUUGAGGUGGUUUGGGUACAAAGGUCUUGAGAAGCAAGUGAUCGAGAUGCAGAGGAUGAGAGAUGAGUACCUCCAACGACUCAUUGAUGAUAUUCGAAUGAAGAAAUUUGAUUCCACAAGUUCGGUAGUGGAGAAAUUCUUGAAGCUUCAAGAAUCAGAACCUGAAUUUUACUCUGAUGAUGUUAUCAAAGGAAUUGUAGUGCUAAUGUUCAAUGCCGGAUCAGAUACUUCACCGGUGACAAUGGAAUGGGCUAUGUCGCUCUUACUGAACCAUCCGGAUCAGCUUGAGAAGGUCAGAGAAGAAAUCAAAUCCAAUGUUAAACACAAAGGGCUUAUACAAGACUCAGAUCUCUCGAGCUUACCUUAUCUUCGAUGUGUCAUCUAUGAGACACUUAGGCUAUAUCCUGCAGCUCCACUCUUGCCUCCUCACUGUUCAUCCAAAAGAUUCAACUUAGGCAACUACGAGAUCCCUGAAAAUACAGUGUUGUUGGUGAAUGCUUGGGCUGUUCAUAGGGACGGUGAGCUUUGGGAAGAAGCGGAUGUUUUCAAGCCGGAGAGAUUUGAAGGGUUUGUUGGCGAUAGAGAUGGUUUUAGGUUUUUGCCAUUUGGAGUUGGGAGGCGGGCGUGUCCUGCAGCUGGACUUGCAAUGAGGUUAGUGUCGCUUGUUGUUGGAGCAUUGGUUCAGUGUUUUGAGUGGGAGAAGGUAGAAAAUGAAGAUAUAGACAUGAGGCCUGCGUUCAGUGUGGCAAUGGCUAGGGCUGAGCCGCUUGUUGCAUUGCCUAAGCCUUGUCCCGAAAUGGUUCCUAUCUUGUUCCAGCUCUAGUGUCCUGUGUUGGCAAAGAGAGUUGGUUUUGAGGAUGCUUUUUACAUAUAAACAUCAAUAAUAAGGAUGGGGGAUGACAAUAAAUCACAUAUGGUUACCUAAACAGUGGAACUUAAUUUUUUUCUACUUCA